GGUUUCUCUUUCCUCUCUCUUUCCCAAUCUCUCUCUCUCUCUCAGGUUUCUCUCUCCAGGAAGGUCAAAAAAAUUCCUUAAAGAGCCGUUUAGACCAAACUCCCUCCUCAUCUUAUAAUCUCAAUGGAUGAUGAUGGAUUUCGCAAUUGGGGAUACUAUGAGCCAGCGGCUGCUACGUUCAAAGGUAAUCUUGGUUUGCAGCUUAUGUCUUCCAUUGACCGGAACACUAAACCGUUCUUACCUGGACGUGAAUCGAAUCUAAUGAUCGGUUCAAAUGGUUCGUAUCAUCCUCGAGAGCACGAGGCCUCAAUGCCUAUGAACUAUAGCUGGAUUAACCAACCAAAGGACAACAAGUUCUUCAACAUGUUACCUAUAAGCACUCCAAAUUACAGUAAUGUAAUGUCCGACACAUCUGGUUCGAAUUCGAUGCAGAUGAUGCAUCAGCCGGUUGUUAACACAUCGCGGUUUGAGGAAAACCCGGCUCCUCCUCCUCGCGAAGAUGAAAUCGUUCAGCCUAGUAAGAAGAGAAAGAUGAGAGGCAGCAUCUCAUCACCAACAGUACCGAAAGCGAAGAAGCCGCGUAAGCCGAAAGAGGAGAGCGGUGCUACCAACAAUGUUCAUCAGCAGCGUGUGAAACCGGCUAAGAAGAGUGUUGAUCUUGUGAUUAAUGGAGUGAGUAUGGAUAUUUCUGGUCUUCCUGUACCGGUCUGCACUUGCACUGGAACUCCUCAGCAAUGCUACCGUUGGGGAUGCGGGGGAUGGCAAUCCGCUUGUUGCACAACGAACAUUUCCAUGUAUCCUUUACCGAUGAGUACUAAGCGACGCGGUGCAAGGAUUUCAGGUAGGAAGAUGAGUCAAGGCGCGUUUAAGAAGGUCCUUGAGAAGUUAGCAACAGAAGGUUAUAGCUUUGGGAAUUCCAUUGAUUUGAAGAGUCAUUGGGCUAGACAUGGAACCAAUAAGUUCGUCACGAUCAGAUAAGUUUGGAAAAAACUCAAAUGUUUCUCCUCUCUGAUCGUGUAUAUAAAACAAACUGUGACCUAUGUUUUCCUUCUUCUUCUUUUUCAAGGUAACUUCUUCGUUUUAGGGUUUGAUCAUAUCUUAAUUCAUACAUUCUUAAUGUUCUGUUUUUUUUUUCUUUGUUUGAAGAUUUCUUGGAGAAAAUCUGUAGGAAACAAAAAUCGUUGGUUCUUUU